AAGUCACUUGACAGGUGUACCCGGAAAGAAGUACGACUUUUCGAAAAUGGCGAGUCGCUGCCAAAACAGAGGAAAGUAGAGCUGACUUUCGUACAAGUCCCGACUGGACCGAGCUGUGAGACGGCUCGGUGAUGCUUAUAUAAGGGGAAUAUCAUCUGAUUUAAGGAUGAACGGCGUGAGGAUGGCACGAGAGGAGGACGGUGUGACGGCAGACUCUUACACCGAAAACCUCAUUGGAACAUUGUUAGCUAUCUUUGGAAACCUGUUGGUCAGCAUCUCAGUCAGCAUUCAGAAACAAAGUCAUGUGGCGUUGGCAGGAAAUAAAGACCCAAGGCAAUACUACUACACUAAGACCUGGUGGUCUGGCCUGAUGCUGAUGGUUCUGGGGGAGGGCGCCUUGUUUGUGUCUUACGCAUUUGCACCGCUCUCUCUUAUAGCACCACUUAAUGCCGUGUCUGUUAUAUCAAGCUCCAUCUUGGGUUUCGUGUUUUUGCGGGAAAAGUGGAAGGCUCAGGAAUUCUUGAAGCGCUACAUCUUAACUUUCCUGGGCUGUGCCUUGACGGCAGGCGGUACUUACCUCUUUGUGACAUUUGGACCAAACUCUCACGAGAAGCUGAAUGCGGAGAACAUAGUUAAACAUGUUAUCGGCUGGCCCUUCCUCUUAUACUUGCUUCUGGGGAUCAUUACUUUCUGUCUGGUGCUGUAUUUCUAUAAACGGCGGAAUGCUAACUACCUCGUCUUGAUUCUCCUGCUGGUGGCACUUCUUGGUUCAGUGACUGUAAUCACAGUGAAGGCGGUUUCAGGAAUGAUUGUGCUCAGCAUCUUGGGUCCUCUACAGCUGUCCUAUCCCAUUUUCUAUGUCAUGUUCGUCUGCAUGGUGGCUACUAUCGUCUUUCAAGCAUCAUUUUUAGCACAGGCUUCUCACCUGUAUGAUUCCUCUCUCAUCGCCUGUGUGAAUUACAUUUUCUGCACAACAUUUGCAAUUGUGGCAGGGGCCAUAUUUUAUCAGGAGUUUAACCACGAAGAUGUUCUGCACAUAUGCAUGUUUCUUUUGGGGUGUGCUAUAUGCUUUCUUGGAGUGUUCCUGAUCACUAAAAGCAAGAGGAAGGCCAAAGCUUUUGAGCCAUAUGUCACUAUGGACAUGGCAAAAGGCAUCCCGACCAUUCACAACAAAGGCUGGGCUGUGCAGCCCGAUUAUAGUGGCUCUUUUUCAUAUGGAGCACUGGAGAACAAUGACAGUGUGGCACCUGUGACGCUUCCAGUGGACCAAACGCUGUCUGUCUCUUCCAGUCCUAUUAGCCCGUACCAACCAUCAGAAUUGAAAAAAGACUGAUCUGAAGUGCAAUUAAGACUGAUUUUACUUGAGAAAUGCUACUGUGUGUUGACGCAUCACUGAUUUGCUUAUUCACAGCACUUCAAGAGCACAGUUCCAGAAUACUGGCUCAUUCUAGAACUUUCUAUCGUCUGAUCCUGAGCCGGGAAACCAAGCUAUAACAGACUUAUUGUACAUCAGAACAGUGGUUCCUAACAUUGGUCCUGGAGGCACCCAAACACUUUUGCCUUGUCUCUUUUAUCUGAUACACCAAUUUCAGGUCUUGAAGUCUCUGCUAAUGAGCUGAUGACCUGAAUCAGGUGAGUUUGAUUAAGGAGACAUGCAAAACGUGCGGUGUUGAGGUGCCUUCGGGACCAGGGUUGGGAACCACUGUGUUUAAAUGCAAAUAAGGCCUUUCAUUGGUGGUGUUGAUUUAACCUAAGAUAUUGGCAUGUUAUCUUUCUAUGAUACUCAUAUCUGUAAUCAUACCUUAAAUGUGCUGACUGACAUCACUCUCGGUUUCCUAUUAAAAAUUGCAAAAAGCUAAUAAUGAUAACCCAAAAGCCUAAAAAUAUCUAAAAAUUUGAAUUCUGCUACUACUUUGUACCAAAGAUACUAUAGCCAAUCCAGCUUUAUCAACCCAAGGCCAAAGACUGAUGUAGAUUGCACGAUGCCCAGCUAGUUAUAUACAAAUAUAUAUUUGGCACUGACUCAAAUUACUCUAUUCUCAAGUUCAUACGCACAUUUCUCUAAUUCUCCACACUGAAGUCUUCAGGCCUGAAUGUCUGCUGUGCUUGUUAUUUAUUCUCUCUGCUUGUCUGAAGCAUACCAUAUAGACAUUUCUAUACAAAUCUGCAUGUUUGUAGGUAUUACAUUGGAUAUCUGAACACUGCUGGUGGUUGAAAUGUACUGAUGCCUUCUGUAAAACUUUAAGAAACACUGGCUGAUAUUUUAUCAUAAAUGCCAUUGCUUAGAAUAAUGU